CUUCACCACCUCGGAUGUGCAGAUCCUGAAGGCCAGCGGCGACAGCACAAGUGCCCUGCGGAACGUGGGGAGCAGGCGGCUGCUGCAGAGCUUUCCAUGGGCAUGGGAGCACGUGCUCUGUUUGGACCUGGCCCCCUCAGAGACUUGGACCACCUUGUUAUUCGGGGGAUGUGACAAGAACGCCAUUGGGUGGGACCUGCGCCCUGGACAGUGCUUGCAGGCCUGUCAAACACAAGAAUCUGAUAUCACCAGUGUCUGA